UCCAGCCAUGAAGACUCGUUAGGAACGAGUUCAGGGAAUAAUUUCUAUACCCCUAGAAGUGUUACACCAGUAACUUGCCAGAUAAUGGACACAUCCGAUCCACCAUCAGAGUCAAGAGUUGAGACAUGUCCUUCGAAUGAAAUCCUUGGAAUACUUACGGAAAGUAUGUCCUCUGUAGUUGCUUCAAGCGGUGUUGGAUCACUUAAGGAAGAUUCCGGUUUUGAUUCCAGAAGAGACGUCCAGUUUCCUAACUUUUCGUCCACGGGGACGAGAAAAGAUAGUUCAGGCAGGGAAGAGUCUGCUCUUGUGUCCAGAGAGGGUGGAUCACUGAAGGUGGAAGGCGUCGAACUGUUUUGGCCUUCUGGAGCUCUUGACGAUCCUGAAACUAUUACGCUUGCAUUGGAAGAUCCCUGCAAGCACUAUAGGCUGAUAUUUCAGAGGGGACUAGAAAACGAUCUCAGUUUUGGCGCAAACGUAAUUAAUUUGCAACCAAAUGGUCUAAAAUUUAACAAAUCUUUGACUUUGAAAAUCACCUUAGACAAAAGCAAAGGCCCGUAUAAUGAGUGGCUUGUUCUACACGGCAAACAAGCCACAGAUGGAAACAUUUUUUGGGAAACUAUUACUGAUCAAUCAAGGUUUGACUUGGUAAAUGGGGUAGUUACCACUGAAAUUAAUGGGUUUUCGAUAAUUGCUGUCCUUUUGAGAUCAAUUUGGGUUCAAUUGAGAGAAAUAGUGACGCGGCUCAACAUCAUGUCAUUCAAAUAUACGUUGUCGGUACUGUACAGAAGCAAUCUUGAAAAUUAUCCUUUCGAGGAGGUCGGUCUCGCUUUAAUGAGCCAGGAUGUCUACCAAGAGCGAUAUUACCGAGAGCACGAUGAAUGUGUUCUAGAGAAACUUAAGAGAGAUGGGUUUGAAGAACUUGGAUCUAACGUUCGCGAAGAAACCAACUAUAUUUACAAUGGGGAACGCCUGGUGGUCUCAAUACGGCUUGGUGAAGACUACAAGCUUGCAAACAACCAGCGAGGUAGCAUUGAAAUGACUGUUGAUUCGUCCGUAUGGUGGAGCACUGGGAAGAGCGUUACGUUUCCGUUGCAAAGUUCAUGUACAAAAGCCAAAAUUUUAUGUGGAAAAGUCAAAAUUGAAGGCCAGUAUGGGCAUACCCGCGAGGAUGACUUCUGUCAACUAGAUCUAUCUUGUUACUUGAGACGCCUAUUGGGAGUAGGAGAACUAGCUUUCAACCUUCGACCCGUUCACGAAAGGCUUGAGUUGCCAGCGGAAACGUGGAGCCAAGCUGUGUCUCGGUGGCAAAGAGAGGAUAAACAGCUGGAAACUCUUUUGCAGAGAUGGAAAGAGCAGGAAAGGGACGAAACCCGUCCUGCCUUGCUGAAAAGAUCCCUUGAGGGGCUAAGGCCUGAAGAAUACAGAAUAAACGAGAGAGGGCAAAUGCAUAUCACACAUUUGAGAGAACUGGCGACUUCGAUCCUUUGUCUGAAUCAUGAGGACCGUGACAUGAUGAAAUACUUAGAAAAUGAGAUAAGAAAUUUAUGCAGAUCUAUUUUGAGGGACUGUUGCAUUGAAAUCGCCAAUUCAAAGGAAGAUAUGAAGUGGGCAAGUUCUAUCGAGAACCACACCAAUAUUCUUGUAACCAAGGGAAUUGUUUCCAAUGAGGUUUCCCAGCAAUAUAAGGCCAUGUUUUCAUCUGCUGAAAACGUUGUUAAAGAUAUUUUUCUUCGGCUGGUUCCUCAUCUCGUUCAAGCCGUAAAGGAUAUCUUCCGAGAUGAGAGUAUCCCACUUUCACAAAGUGGAAUGAGAGGACUGGAUGAGGAGACGGUCACUAGAAUUGCGUCAGCGAUUCAAAACGCUGCAAAGGACAAAAAAAUACUAAGUCUUUUCACUCAAGUAAGUAAUAUUCUUGAGAAGUUAUGCCAUGAAAAUAAUAACAAUCCAUCACAAAGCACAGAUGAAAAGAUACAGGAGUGGGGAAGGUCUGUCAUGGUUAUUACGAUGCUGGAUUCGUUGGAAGAUAUCUUUGAAACUGCAGGCUCAGAUCCCCGAAGAUUGCGCGAAAGAUUAAGAGUCGCUUCACUCUACCUUAAAGACAUCAUGUUAGAUCCAAAGGCCUAUGAAGGAAUUUUCCUUCGGGACUUCCACAAUCUUUCAUUGAGUCUAUUGAAAUUUUCCAAAUUUGAUCCAUCACAGCUUGUGAGAUUUGAAUUGAUUGACCCAAAUGAUUCUUCCAACACUCAAAGUAACGACUUAUUGAAGUGCCAAAAGUUCUUGUCGAGAGGAAUGCGCUUUUCGCAGCUAUUCUGGAUCAACAAAGAGUCUGAGGGUGACUUAAAACUUGAAGCAGUUGCACAUGUUCACAUUGACGGACAUCAUCGAAAAAUCGGGGCGUUUGAAUCAACAAUCACAAUACCCCAGGCCUGCAGUGAAGUUAUAGACAAACUUCCAAACGCUUCUCUGCCUGUAGCUCUUAAAAGAAACUAUGACUUCUACGAAAAAAUUCGCGUUACUCUUUAUUCGACUCAAAAAGAGAAUGUGAGGAAAGCACUGGAGUAUCUGGAGAGGGAAUUGGGUGAAGAGGUGGUUGACCUGAAGAAAGAGAAGAUUGCAGAAAGUCACCUUAAAUUUCGCAGCUUCGCAAAAGCAGGCACAGUUGUCAAACUGCGUUUGAUCCACAAAUGGGGAUCAGAAACGAUUGGUCUUGAAAGCGAUGAUUUCCUAGCCCUUGCAGACUCGCGUGCAGGAGGUGCCUGCAUGCCUGAUUCAGAAACAGCAGGUUGGUACACGUUCUGGCGUUGACCAACUAAUUUGCAUGACUUCUGAUGCAAGAAACCGUAUCUAUUCCAACAAAAUAACUGACAAUUCUUUUACUGUAUCAUAUUAAAUUGACUGAAUCAAUUAACUCUAACUUCGUACAAUUUACUCCAAUAACUGAAUAAUUUGCAAUGGAGAUGACUCCUCAUCAC